AUGUAGGGAUCCCACCCCUUCUCUAUGUUUUCAUUCUGAAUCAAUCCACAACUUUACACCUGCAUGAGUGCCAAGCCUCUGUGGAUAUAUAAGGGAAACCUUCAAGAGGCAUUUCAGAGUUACAGGAAAGAAGCUGAAGAAAAGGAAUUCACCCAGCGCGGUCAGACAGAAACCGAACCAACCAUGAUUCUCCUCCCUGCCAUUCACUUCUCCGGCUUUCUCCUAGCUUGCGUCUUCAUGAAAAGCUGUUUGGCUUUCAAGAAUGAUGCCACAGAGAUCCUUUAUACACAUGUGGUCAAACCUGUUCCAGCGAGCCCUAGCAGCAACAGCACGCUGAACCAAGCCAGAAACGGAGGCAGGCAUUACGGCAACACUGGAUUAGAUCGUAACAAUCGCGUUCAAGUUGGCUGCCGGGAACUGAGAUCCACCAAGUACAUUUCAGAUGGGCAGUGUACCAGUAUAAAUCCUCUGAAAGAGCUUGUGUGUGCUGGUGAGUGCCUUCCUUUGCCAGUGCUCCCCAACUGGAUUGGAGGAGGUUAUGGAACCAAGUACUGGAGCAGAAGGAGCUCCCAAGAGUGGAGAUGUGUCAAUGACAAAACGCGCACACAGAGGAUCCAGCUCCAGUGUCAAGACGGAAGUACAAGAACCUACAAAAUAACUGUGGUCACGGCCUGCAAAUGCAAGAGGUACACCAGGCAGCACAACGAGUCCAGCCAUAAUUUUGAGGGAACCUCUCAGGCAAAGUCCACCCAGCAUCACAAAGAGAGAAAAAGAGCCAGUAAAUCCAGCAAGCACAGCUCAAGUUAGAAGUCAGGCAACCCUUCCCCCAAAACUGAACUCAUCUGUAACCAUCUUCUUUACAGAUCUGACUGCUUAAAAGACAAGUCUGCCAUUGCUGUGUUCUCACUUGAUGGUGCAUUGCUUUGAUCAAGCUCAAAACGGCAUUCUGUGCAUAUGGACCUUUUUGGUGAUUUUCCAAAUGCUCCAGAUGGGCAGUACCACAAGCCUUCCAAUCCCACACAAUGAAGUCUUACAUUUUUUUGAGGUGUGGAGGCAAAGAAUUGUCCCUAUGAACAUUCACUGAAAUUUUAUUUUUUAGAAAGGUGCUUUGUUGUGAAUUUUCACAGGAACAGUUGAUUAGCAAAUGUCUCUUGCCUUCCGAAUAAUAUUUUAUGAACUUUUGACACAUCUGCUUAAAAGCAGCAACCAGUAACUGUUGUCAGUUUCAUUCUAACAAAACAAUACCUUGCAUGCUGAUCUUUUUCUUCUAUCUACCCAAAACUAAAAUAUGCAUGGCAGCAAUUGAAAAGUAAAGCUGAAUAAACUAUUUAUUUGUCACUGUAAUUAUUUAAUGAGCUUUUUACAUGUAAUUUUUUUUCAAAAUGUUCAUCUUAUGUUUUAUAGCUUUUUUUCCAUGUAUCAAAGUAUUUUCCUAUGAUUUGUGACUGGAUUAGAAUAUACAUUUUGUAGAUAAUGUGAAAUAGAUGUUUUAGCAUUCUUGGUACAUAUAUAUAUAUAUAUAUUUCAUUCUGAACAUUAAUAGUUUUGGGUUUUAUUUUGCAAGUAACAUUUUAAAAACUAAUUUGUACAUCAUAAGCUCUGUAUUAUUUUUGUUUAAAGUGUGCAAUCAAAAGAUAGAUAUGAAUUCCUUUCAAAUUCAUCUGUUUCUCUCUCACACACUUUUUUUUUUAAACAAAAUAAACUGCUAUAAAGAUAUAUCGUCUUUGGGGUUCUAACAUGUAUGAAAAGGCACACAUUUUUGACCAAUCAUGGCAUGCAAUCUAAUAAAGUGGGAUGUUUUACACUACUUGAUUUAAGGCAAGUGCCAUAAAAAGUCUGGCAGCAAUAUUUAGCAUAAAAAUAACCUUUCAAUGGAUUCCUUUGGCUUGUAGAAAUCUUAUGUGACCAUCUAACAGCUGGUGCUUAUUAGUAGUCCAAACCAGGCUCAUAUUUAACAAUUCUCAAUGUGUACAUUGUAGAAAAUAAAUAUAUAUUUGGGAGGUUUUACAAGCUCAUAAAACCACCCCAAUUUAUUUAUAUUUUUCCAUUAAUGAUUAUCAAGUUACAAACUUAUGGUUAAAAUAGUAAUCAAUAUAAUCUUUCUUCUAAACACAAUUUAAUCCUGCACAUUAUUCACCAAAUGUUGCAAAAUAUGUUGUAAGCAGUCAAUUUUUCAACAUAGACUGGGAAUCAUCUGUUGUUCAUCAUUCCGACUGUAUUAAGAUUGAGAUGAUUUUCAUCAAUAUUUGUACUCAAUGGUUACUCUGUACUGGGGUAAACAGUAAGGGCUAGAUUCCCCAACCUGCUGCAUCGUUCUUAACUGGUAGCAUUUUACACCCUCU